GUGGGCAGGAAAGUGGUUGUACGGACGGUCUUUCAAGAUGGCGGGCCCCAUGUAAAUCCGCUAACAGGGCGCCGCCAUACUCUCUCAUAAUGUCUUUGUCUGAAAGACCUGAAAGCUGAACGGAAUGUUUGUCCGUGGAAGGACGUCCCGGGGUGGUGGUUGGCAGCCUGCAGACUCGGGUGCCACAGAGGUUAAACUUGACCAGUGAGGUGGAACAGCAGGGUUUCUUGAGUCUGAAGCCGAAUUGGUGGACCGUGGCUUUUUCUACCCACCCAGCUGGUUUUCCAGAUAAGCGGUCAGAACACCUGCAGGUCCUGGCUUCCCGGGAUUAUGUAGUUCCUAUGAGGGAAAGAAGUGAAGGUACCAAGAUCAGCACUACAUGCUUGACCAGAGACCAGUUAGAGCUUCAGAGAAGAGCCCAGAAUCAACAACAGAGCAGAUAUUAGAGUUGCUGGCUGUGUCAAAGGGCUCCAGAAAAUGUUCAAGUCCCAAGGCUCACUGUCGUUCAAGGAUGUGGCUGUGGUUUUCACCUGGGAGGAGUGGCAGCUCCUGGACCCCGUUCAGAAGAACUUGUAUCAAGAUGUGAUGUUGGAAACUUAUAGUAACCUAGUAUCAGUGGGGUAUCAAGUUACCAAAGCAGAUGCAGUCUACCAGCUGGAGCAAGGAACACCAUGGAGAAUAGAGGAAGAAAUCCAGAGUCAGACUCAUCCAGACAACACCUGGAAAGCUGAUAAUCAGACAGACUGGCACCAAAAAAGCCAAGGCAACCUUGAAACUCUGGAGAGUCACCACAAAAAUAAUGCAUUUGGAAAAACAUCUUCUCCAAGCUUAAACCUAGAUGUGCCUUUAGCACAAAGAUCUCCUACCUUUGACAUACUUGGGAAACAUUUGAAACUUAAUCUAGAGUACAUUAUUCAGAAUAAAAGCUAUGAAAGAAAUGAUGUUGAAUUUAAUGGAUGUGACAAUUUAUGUCUUUAUACUAAGCAUGAGAAAGUUUAUACCAGAGAAAAAUACAGUGAAUAUAAUGAAUGUGUAAAGGCUUUCCACCGUAAGUCACAGCUUUUCAAACAUUGGAAAACUCAGACAGGAGAGAAACACUAUAACUGCAGUUUCUGCAGGAAAGCCUUUUCCCAGAAGUCGGACCACAUUCAGCAUCAGAGAACACACACAGGAGAGAAGCCCUGCGGUUGCAGUAGAUGUCAGAAAGCCUUUAGCCGGAAGUCCCAUCUAAUUUUACACCAGAGAACCCAUACAGGAGAGAAACCUUAUGUAUGUAAUAAAUGUGGGAAAGCCUUUACUGAUAAGUCAUGCCUUAAUAAGCAUCAGAGAACUCACACAGGAGAGAAAUGGUUUGCAUGUCACGUAUGUCAGAAAGGCUUCAGCGAUAAGUCACAACUCACUUUACAUCAAAGAACUCAUAUGGGAGAGAAACCCUACAGAUGUGGCGAAUGUCAGAAAAGCUUCAGCAACAAGUCACAGCUCAUUAUUCAUCAGAGAUCUCACACAGGAGAGAAACCCUAUGGUUGCGAUGAAUGUGGGAAAACCUUCCCCCUUAAGUUUAGCCUCAUUUUACACCAAAAAACUCAUACAGGAGAAAAACCCUAUGGAUGCAAUGAAUGUGGGAAAGCCUUUAUCCAGAGAUCUGAACUCAUCAGACAUCAGAGAACUCACACAGGAGAGAAACCUUAUAAUUGCAGUGAAUGUGGGAAAGGCUUUAGUGUAAAGUCACUCCUCAAUACUCACUGGAGAACUCAUACAGGAGAGAAACCCUAUGCAUGCGGUGAAUGUGGAAAAAUGUUCUCCAUCAAGUUUAGUCUCAUCCUACACCAAAGAACACAUACAGGUGAGAAACCCUAUGAAUGCAGUCAGUGUCAGAAAGCUUUCACCCAAAAGUCACACCUCACUAUUCAUCAGAGGUCUCACACCGGAGAGAAACCUUAUGAAUGCAGUGAAUGCCACAAAGCCUUCAGCCGGAAGUCAUAUCUCCUUAUUCAUCAGAGAAUUCACUCGGGAGAGAAACCUUAUGAAUGCCUCGAAUGUGGGAAAACUUUCUCUCACAAGUUUAGCCUCAUUAUUCAUCAGAGAAUCCAUACAGGAGAGAAACCCUAUGGAUGCAGUGAAUGUGGGAAAACUUUUCCUAUCAAAUUUAGCCUCAUUUUACAUCAGAAAACACACACAGGAGAGAAACCCCAUGAAUGCAGCGAAUGUCAGAAAUCUUUUGCCCAGAAGUCACAUCUUAUUAUACAUCAAAGAACUCACACAGGUGAGAAACCUUAUGGAUGCGGUCAGUGUUGGAAAACUUUCUCCCACAAAUUCAGCCUCAUUUUACAUCAGAAAACUCAUAGAGGAGAGAAAUCAUGAAUGGAGGAAAUAUUCAAAAGUUGUUGAGAGUAAAUAGCUCAUUACACCAGAGUUUACAUAGGAGCGAAACCUUGAGAAUGCAGCAGAUGUGGACACACUUUCUUUUCAAACUCACAGCUCAUUACUUGUUAGAGAAUGGUACUGGCUAGAAUGCCAGGCAGGAGGAAGUACCAUUCCCAAUAAGUAUCAAUCAAAUGUAGCCCAGAGGAAAUAAAUAGGAAGGAACAUCUCUGUAUGUAGUGAUUGUGGGGAUGUUGUUGGCAUGAUAUUCAGCUACAUCAGUAUCAGAGAAUUGCCACUGAGGAAAUAAUUCCAUGCUUUAAAGAACUGGGGAAUCAUGCUUUCAUGGGCAUCAUUUUAUGAGGGAAAUCAUUUUCUGCAAUUGUGACAUAAUAAGCAUUAUAGAAAGUAUUAAAUAUGUAAAUAAAUACGCUUGUCAGAAAACAGAAAAAAUUAUAUCAGAACGAUGUGAAGAGAUGUGUUUUGUACCUAUUUUUAUUAUAAAGAUUGUUCAUAUUUGGGAAUUGCAUGUGUUAAUAUAACAAUUGUGACUCCCUGGUCCAUGUGCUUAAAUG